UAUGGCUGCAAACGAGCGACCUGUUUUUGUUGCUACUGGUACCGUCCCCAACUGAGCUGCGAAGGUUGUCACAAUAUUUGGAUAAUAAAGCCCGCAUAUUGUUCAAGAGGCAGAGGUAUAAGAAUGGCCUCAAAACUGGGAGUAAUUAUGAAUUUGUUGAAUAAAGCUAACGCAAAAUAUGUGAUCCAAAAAUAUAUAGAGGAACCGUUACUCAUACACGAAACAAAAUUCGACAUUAGGCAAUACUAUCUUGUGACGAGCACAUAUCCUUUAAUUAUUUGGAUGUACACCGAAUGUUAUUUAAAGUUUAGCUCUCAAAAAUAUAGCUUGAAAAACUAUCAUGAAUCUAUCCACCUGACUAAUAAUGCUGUGCAAAAAAAUUAUAAAAACUGCAAGCAACGCAACAAAGAAUUGCCUACAAAUAACAUGUGGGACUUGGACAAAUAUAAAUGCUACUUGGCCAAAAUCGGCAAAGAUGAUGUUUGGCAAAAUGUUAUUUAUCCAGGAAUGAAGAAAUCCAUUAUAGGCAUAAUGUUGAGCUGUCAAGAUUCAUUAUCAGUGAGCAAAAACCGUUUUGAACUUUAUGGCUGUGACUUUAUUUUAGAUAAAGAAUUCAACCCUUGGCUAAUAGAAAUUAAUUCUUGUCCCGAUUUACGUAAUACUACUCAAGUUACAGCUAAAAUCUGCCCUGCAGUGGUAUCAGAUAUAAUAAAAGUUGUAAUUGACUAUGCAAAUGACCCAAAAGCUUCAACGGGAAAAUUUGAAUGCAUUUAUCGACAGCCUAUAUCAUUACCACGAUACAGAAGUGCAGCAGAAUUGGUAGCGCGUGGUUAUUCUCUUCCAUUUGAAUAUUUUUACAGAGGCAAAAUACAAAUUCAAAGAUCAUUCGAUGGUCCAAACAUUACAAAAGAAAGUGAUAUUAAAAAGGUAUUGAAAAAAAUAAAGCAGUAUUAUGAUGAAGAUGAAAUAAUGAAACAACCACAAGAAGAUGAUGUUUUACUAAAUAAGAUAGAAGAAAAAAUCUCCAAAUCUAUAUCAGGAAUCGAAGAGGCAACAGACGUAACAGAUGUUAUAAACGGUCAACUCGGAGAAUUAAGUGAGAGAAUUACGUCAGAAAACAGUUCAAAUUCUAAAUGCCUUCUCAAAAAAGAUUCACAACAGCAUUCAAAUCAAAUUCAGCUUAUUUCUAGCGUAACGAACAUUAAAUAUUUAUGUAGAAAAUCCUCGAGUCCACUGAAAUCUAUUCAAAGUAUUGACAAUAGUUUUAAUUUUAGUAGACUAGAUGAUGGCCCAGCAGGAAAAGGGAGUAUUGUAGAAUUGAGUAAAAUGGAAAACUUAUUAAAUUACUCUUGUUCUAAAUUUGAUCGAAUACAUCAACACGAAAUCUAUAAAAUUUCAAACUUUUCCAAAGAUGUGCUACAUGCUACUACAAAAAUUUUAUCUUUUAUUAAUGACAAGGAAAGAGAAUAUACUCGUUAUUAAGUAUAAGAUUUUACGCAAUAUAUGUAUGUAUUUCAAUAAAUUAAAUGAUUUUUAA